AUGAGCAGCUCGGCAAUUGGGUCCGGCACAUCGAAUAGCUCGUCAAAGGGCGGUCGGACACAGCAAGUUGCAAAGUACACGCCGUUCGACUUUAACGCGCUUAACAUCCACACGCUGCGCAAAUACCGGCAGGCGUUCAAGCUGAACGUCAAAGCGCGGUCGUCGAAAGAAGAAUUGGUGGUUGCUGCAACGCGGCAUUACUCUGGUCAUAUGGUCGACGAGGUCGACACGAUUGCCCGGUUUCUGUAUACUGUCCACAGCAGCAAAGGUACAGUCUCACCCACUGCCCAGAGCCGAGCCGUGUGGGGAUCGACCCUGCAAUUUGCGAAGGACGGCGCUCGCUCAGGUCAGCUGUAAUGGCACGGCGCUGCAUCGCUCGAAUAACAUACCAGGAGGCUUUUGGUG